AUGGAUUUGGCGAUUCAAGUGAAAGAUGUGGAAAAAUCGUACGGAUGCAACCAAGUGUUGAAGAAGAUCCGUUUGAACGUCCCACGAGGAUGCAUCUAUGGUUUGCUGGGAUCGAGCGGGUGCGGUAAAACUACUUUGCUCAGUUGCAUCAUAGGCAGAAACAAAGUGGAUAACGGUGAUAUUUACGUUUUCGGGAGAAACCCGGACGGUCCUCUAGGCUCGAGAGUUGGGUAUAUGCCUCAGGAAAUUUCGCUGGUGCGCGAAUUUACAGUGAAGGAUUCCAUUUAUUUCUUCGGAAGAUUGUAUAAUGUGGACGAGGAUACACUGCAGCAGAGGUACCACGAGUUGGUCGAACUAUUGGAACUACCUAAAGAUAAUAAGUACAUUAAGGAUUGCAGUGGCGGCACGCAAAGGAGGGUUUCUUUCGCUGUUACCUUGGUUCAUAAGCCUAAAUUGCUUAUACUCGAUGAGCCUACUGUCGGUACCGAUUCUAUUCUUAGAGACAGGAUAUGGAAGUAUCUUCUAAAAUUAAGCCAAGAAGACAACGUGACUGUGAUAAUAACAACGCACUAUAUCGAAGAAACUCGACAAGCCAAUAAGAUUGGUUUAAUGCGAGACGGUACUUUAUUAAUAGAAGAAAAUCCAGAAAAAUUAUUGACUACUUACAAGUGCGGCAGCUUGGAGGAAACUUACCUAAUUCUCAGUCAAAGACAGGAGAAUAAACAGCAAAUACUAGAUACUUAUGAUAGUCCAACUUCACCAGAAAUCGUCGAAACUAAUGAAAUUUUACAAACUAAUCCUACUCCUGAAAAUUCUUCUCCACAUGAAGAAACGGUUACAGAAAAGCGAAUUUUCGCCAAGUUCAGAUUCAAAGCUUUGCUAGAUAAGAAUUUCAAAAUAUUAAGACGCAACCGUUUAGCAAGCUUAUUCCCUGUGCUACUGCCCGGUUUGCAGGUCUUCUUCUUCCUAAUAGCAGUAGGCAAAGACCCUACAAACGUCCCUUUUGGAAUCGUAAACGAAGAACGAACCCCGGAUUUCUGCAAACAUUUUUCUUUAAACGAAUCGGUGAAACGCGUGGGAAAUUGGGACUGCCACAUAGAUAGCGUUAGUUGUCGAUUCGUGGACUUUUUGAACAUACCUCUAAUAGAAGAGAAAUUCUACGAUUCCUCGAGCGAAGCGAUGGAUGAUCUGGAGAAAGGGAAAAUCAACGGAUUCGUCCGCUUGCACAGAAACUUGUCUGGGUUAAUGGAAAGUAGAAUAGUGGAGGGACUCGAUACUGAUGAUUUACCAGAUGAAGAAAUCCAGGUGUUUCUCGAUAUGUCGUCUCUAUUUGUAGGAGGAAUGCUCAAAUCGAAAAUAGCGGAGAGAUACGAACAAUUCCACGAAGAAAUUUACAAAGACUGCGGGUAUUUCCCCGAAAUCGCCAAGUUGCCUUUGAAAGUAGAAGAAUAUUUCUACGGCGAUAAAGACGAAGAAUUCAUCAUAUUCAUGACGCCCGGAAUUGUAACUACAAUGAUCUACUUCAUGGGCGUCAUAAUGACGUGCACCAUCAUUUUAGACGAGAAAAUUGAGGGAAUUUGGGAGAGAUCCAUCGUAGCAGGCGUGACGUCAUUAGAAUUGAGCUUAUCCCAUUUGGUAUUCCAAACCACUUUUAUGGUACUCAUGGCUCUGGAACUUAUGGCGAUCGUGUUCUUCUGCUUCCAACAACCAUAUAAUGGAUCAUUGUGGUUGAUAUUUGGCAUAAUCUACCUACAAGGACUAGCCGGGGUGGUUUUAGGUUUUGGAAUUUCGGUUGUGAGCAACAAUCACGUCACCGCCAACGUGAUAGUGUCCGGAAUAUUCAAUCCUUUGGUAUUGGUUAGCGGUAUGAUGUGGCCUGCGGAAGCCAUUAACAAGUAUCUCUUGAUGUUCGCGAAAUGUUUACCGUUGAAUCUUCCCACGACAGCUUUGCGGUACAUCAUCAAAAAAGGAUUGAGCUUCUCCGAUACCGAUGUAUUAGCAGGCUUUGGAAUGCUGGGAAUAUGGAUUCUCAUUCUCGCAGCUCUUAGUAUUUCGUACAUUAAAUGGAAGCGAUGA